AUGGCCUCUCUCCACGGGAUCAUGGUGGCUCUGAUCACCCCCUUCUCAGACGACAUGGCCAAGAUUGACGAGAACCGCCUCCAAGCACACAUCGAACACCUCAUCGAAGCCGGCGUCCAUGGCCUGGUGCCCGGUGGCAGCACGGGAGAAUUCACCACCAUGACCACAGCCGAACGCAAGCAGCUCACCGAACUCUCCAUUAAAUACGCCGCCGGCCGCAUCCCUGUCAUCAUUGGCACCGGCAGCACAUCCACCGCGGAGGCAGUCGAGCUCUCCGUCCACGCUGGGCAGGCCGGCGCUGCAGCCGUCAUGGUUGUGCCCCCCUUCUAUGACCCCGUUAGCCUGAACGAGCUCCACGAGCUCCUGGGGGAGAUCCACACUGCCUCCAAGCUCCCGAUCAUGUACUACAACAUCCCUGCCGCAUCAGGCCUGAAGCUCAGCCCGGCUGAGAUUGCGGGCCUGUCCAAGGUCGGGGUGAAGUACGUGAAGGAUACCUCCGGAGAUGCUCCUGCGUUCAGCGAGCUCGCAUUCUCUGCUUUGUCGGAGCAGGUGACUGUCUUCAAUGGCUGGGAUACGCUGACUUUCUAUGGUCUGGCUGCUGGGGCCCCCGGUGGGGUGUGGGGAGCGGCUAAUUUCAUCCCCGAGCUGGCGGUGGAGUUGUACGAUGCUGUCUCAGUGAAGGGGGAUCUGAAGCGUGGACGGGAGCUUUGGACGAAGAUCUUUCCUAUCUGCAAGUUCUUGGAGUCACAUGCUUACUCUGCUGCUGUGAAGACUGGGGUGGAGCUUAUUGGUCAACCGACUGGCGGUUUGCGCAAGCCUUUUACGCUGUUGAAGCCUGAGCUUCAGGCAGAACUGAAGCAGUUGCUGCAGAAUGCUGGUGUGAAGACUAUUUGA